UACACCGUUAGAGAAAGUAGCUGAAAGACGUUUUUUCAUCACGUUUGGAUGUCAAAAAUAAGUGGAGAGGAAAAAAGUGCCCAAGAGAGAACGUCCAAAGAAGACUCGUUGUCAUUCUGGAUUACAUUACUUUUUUGCUCUUUUUUUCUAUGAGGCUUGAUCGUUUGGGCCAGUAAAGCCAGACUUGAGCCCCGAAACUGAAUGUUUCUCUGCAUUGGUUGAAAAGUUAAAGCCAGGUGAAUGUAUAGCAUGAUGAUGGAAACGGACCUGCACUCCCCAGGACCGCAAACGAAUACAAAUUCGGGGCAAACGUUGCCAAACAAUGGGAACAAAGCAAACCAAGAGAGAGUCAAAAGACCGAUGAACGCCUUUAUGGUGUGGUCUCGCGGUCAGCGGCGGAAGAUGGCUCAGGAGAAUCCCAAAAUGCACAACUCCGAAAUUAGCAAGAGGCUGGGCGCCGAGUGGAAAGUUAUGUCGGAGGCGGAAAAGAGACCCUUCAUUGAUGAGGCGAAGAGGUUGCGGGCCAUGCACAUGAAAGAACACCCGGAUUACAAGUACAGACCCAGGAGGAAGACCAAGACGCUGCUCAAAAAGGACAAAUACUCUUUAGCCGGGGGUCUGCUUACCGGGGGUGGCAGUGGAGGUGGAGUUGGUCUUGGGGUCGGAAUGAGUCCAGCAGGGGUCGGACAGAGGUUAGAGAGUCCCGGGGGUCACGGCGGCACGGCUGGUGCCGGCUAUGCACACAUUAAUGGCUGGGCAAACGGUGCCUACUCGGGGCAGGUGGCGGCAGCGGCAGCAGCGGCGGCGAUGAUGCAAGAAGCGCAGCUAGCCUACAGUCAGCACCCGGGCAGCGGGUCGCACCAUCACCACGUGCACCACCACCCGCACAACCCCCAGCCCAUGCACCGGUACGACAUGACCGCCCUCCAGUAUAGCCCCAUCUCGAACUCUCAGACUUACAUUAGCGCCUCUCCGUCGGGGUACGGGGGGAUCUCCUACACGCAGCACCAGAACUCGAGUGUCGCCUCCUCAGGUGCCAUCGGCACCCUGGGGUCGCUGGUGAAAUCGGAACCGAGUGUAAGCCCUCCCGUCACCAGUCAUUCUAGAGCGCCGUGUCCGGGGGACUUGAGAGAAAUGAUAAGCAUGUAUUUACCCACGGGAGAGGCAGGUGACCCGUCUGUUCAAAGCAGGCUUCAUACAUUACCACAACAUUACCAGAGCACUACAACAGGGGUAAACGGAACAGUUCCAUUGACACAUAUUUAAAAAACGAGACAAAAAAUACAAACGGCAACGAGCAUAAAGAAACACGUAACCAAAUAUUUACCUCUUUUUUUAGGUCAUCACUUACCUACCUUUUGUACAGAAUGUUUUGGUGUUCAUGUAAAUUGAAGGUUAAUAUUGUUCGGAUCGCCUUUUAGAGACAGAAACGAUAUUACAUAGAACGCAUUUUUAGAAUGGAUUGUUCUAUGUUGUCCACAUCUGAGCGCUAAAUGUUAAAUUUUAAUUCACUCAAUUGACGACAAUGCCAAGUUUUGAAAAUAAUUACAAUGAUAAUAAUAAUAGGCCUGCGGUUUACCUGUGAGUUCAGUCUACCGAUUCUCCUCGAUUUUUGUGCGAAUCAACCAGUUUUAAAAGCUAUUAACAUACCAUAUGUAACCAUGUACUUUGAAUAAACAUGAAAAUGUUUUUACAAGUUUAUACAA